GAUAUUCCAUAGAUCACAUGCCCCAUCUACAAUAAAUCCAAGAAUUUUUUCUUGCCAUACACCCACCCUUCUAUAAAUUUCCUGCUAAGGCCAAAUAUACACACACACAGAAUGGAACAACUCCAUGAAGCUGAGGAAUUGCUGAGAGGCCAAGCUCAACUGUGGCAACACAUGUUUGCCUUUGCAGACUCCAUGGCUCUCAAAUGUGCUGUGGAGCUUCGCAUACCUGAUAUCAUGCACUCUCACUCUUCCCCAAUCACAAUGUCCCAAAUAGCUUCCUCUAUGGACUCUUCUUCCCACCCUGAUAUCUCCUACCUCACACGCAUCAUGAGAUUGCUGGUCCGCCGCAAGAUCUUCUCUGCUCAUCGUCCAUCAGACGGCGGAGAGACUCUAUACGGGCUGACCCACGUUUCUAGAUGGCUUGUAAAUGACUCUGAUAAGUCCCUGGCACCCUUGUUUCUACUGGAGAAUCAUCCUUUGAUGAUGGAUCCCUGGCAUCGUUUUAGCCAAAGUGUGAAAGAAGGUGGCUUUGCCUUUAAGAAGGAACAUGGGAGUGAGGUUUUUGAGUUUGCUUCACAAAAUCCUGAGUUCAACUCCAUGUUCAAUAGUGGGAUGGCUUCUACUUCCAGAGUAACGAUACAUGCAAUUUUAGAAGGAUACAAAGAUGGGUUUGGUUGUAUUGGAUCAGUGGUUGAUGUGGGAGGUGGGACUGGAAAUUUGGUGUCUGAGAUUGUUAAAUCACAUCCACACAUCAAAGGAAUCAACUUUGAUUUACCUCAUGUUGUUGCUACAGCACCUGAGUACAAUGGGGUGACCCAUGUUGGUGGUGACAUGUUUGAGGCCAUUCCAAAUGCUGAUGCUGUUAUCAUCAAGUGGAUAUUGCAUGAUUGGGGAGAUGAAGACUGUGUGAAGAUAUUGAAAAAUUGCAGGAAAGCGAUUGCUGAGAGAGAAGGAAAGGUGAUAAUAGUUGAAGUAAUUCUGAAACCAGAGGGAAAUGAAGUGUUUGAAGACACAGGAUUGGUGCUUGAUCUGGUGAUGAUUGCACAUUCCUCUGGUGGAAAAGAGAGGACUGAAAUUGAAUGGAAGAAAUUAUUGGAGAAAGGUGGGUUUCCUCGCUAUAAUAUCAUAAAGAUUCCAGCUUUAACAUCCAUUAUUGAAGCCUAUCCUCAAUAAUUCUCCAAUGCCGUUAAUGUGGCUAGGGAUUCUGUUGUAUUGUAAUUUGAAUUUUAAUUACUGUGUUGUUAAAUUUACCCCAUUUGUGAAUUUCCCUAGAUGCUGGAUGCUUGGAUCUUAUGUGGGUGUUUCUCUUUUCUUUUAUAUCUUUUGUGAUGAAAUUAUUCAUUAAUGAAAAUAUUUUAUUUUAAUA